AUGGGAACCCUGCCCCACCUGGGCAAACUAGAUGGACUUGUUUCUACCCCCUACGGAAGAUUCCGGUGGUUGCGCCUGCCCUUUGGUUUAAACGUGUCCAGCGAGAUUUUCCAGAAACGACUCAACCAAGAGCUCCUGGGAUUGGAAGGAGUGAGGUGUAUCGCAGAUGACAUCCUUGUCUAUGGUACCGACGAAAAAGACCACGACAAGAACUUCGAGAGGCUACUGGAACGGUGUAAAGAAAAGAGCAUUAAGUUGACCAAGGACAAAUUGGAGUUCAAGUGUAAAGAGGUUUCAUUCCAUGGUCAUCUUCUCACCAAUGAAGGUUUGAAAGUCGACCAAGGUAAAGUGAAGGCGAUUAUGCAGAUGCCACGACCCACCACUCCUGAAGAAAUCUUACGUUUGAACGGAAUGGUGAAUUACCUAAGUCGUUUCCUACCAAACCUGUCGGAGGUUAUGAAGCCUUUGCGUGAUCUAACACACAAAAUACAUGAGAAAGCAUGGAAUGAACUGAAGCAUUUAAUCGCAACGACCCCAGUCAUCGCGUACUAUAAGCCAUCAGAAAGUCUUGAGAUCCAAUGCGAUAGCAGUCAGACUGGUUUGGGAGUGGCUCUAAUGCAGAAUGGUCAUCCGAUUGCAUAUGCCAGCCGAACACUAUCUGAGACAGAAACAAGAUAUGCUCAGAUAGAGAAGGAAAUGUUGGCCAUCGUUUAUGCGGUCGAGAAAUUUAACGACUACACGUUUGGCAGAAAAUUACCGUCUACAGUGAUCAUAAACCUCUAG